CUCUUUUCUUGGUUGCUAGGAGCUUCCACCACCACACACACAAAAAGUGAAUGGAAAUAUGGCUAAACCAGAGAAAGCUUUUUUCGCCAUCCAUCAUCUAUGGCUCAUCUUCCUUCUUCUUUUCUCAGAACUAUUUUCCAUAUCUCAUCCCGACCUAGUUUUCCUUUUCUUCUACAUCCUCUCAAUAACCCCAUCACUCUUACUCCACCAUACUUCAAUCCACUAACUUGUUCAAAGCAACACCUGAACCGCAGAAGCAGCAACUCCAAGCUCUUGGCUAUUUCUUACAGGUAUUUCACCGAAGAAGAAGAUGAUGAUGAUGAUGAUGAGGAUGCCGAUGAAGACCACAACUUUGAUGAAGCAGUGGCUCUCUUCAAUAGCGGAGAGUACUACAAAUGCCAUGACUAUCUUGAAGCCCUUUGGAACAACGCUGAAGAGCCCACCAGAACACUGAUUCAUGGAAUAUUGCAAUGUGCAGUGGGUUUUCAUCACCUCUCCAACCAGAAUCAUAGAGGAGCCAUGAUGGAGUUGGGGGAAGGAAUAUGUAAACUGAGAAAGAUGGAGUUCUCAAAUGGACCAUUUCUUAAGUUUGAGAAAGAGAUUUCAGCUGUUUUGGAUUUUAUCUACCAGACUCAGAUAGAAUUAGCUGCAUGUAGUGAGGAUGUUUGUGUUGCAAUGGAUCAAUCAGAAAAGUCGUACCAACUUCUGGGGGAAUAUGCUGCAGGGCAGCGUAUAUAUUAUCUAGAACUUGGUCAUGAUGCAUCAGUGUACAUAGUGUUCUGUCCUCAAGGGUCUUAUGGUGCAAUUGAAACCCCAAAGGUUAAGCUUCCCAAGCUUAAGGCUACCAUGGAACAUCUUGUAGCCUAUGAAUACAAGUAAACAUCUCAAGAUCAAUCGUGUAGAUCAAACCGCAUGCAAAAUUUGUUCUUCACUUCAAUUAGAGACUGCGUGCUACAUAUUACUUGCCAGGAAGAGUCCUAGACAACCUUUGUAAGCCCAAGAAAAGUAAAUAAAAAAAUUACUCUUGUAUUAUACUCUCUUAUAAUUGCUUAUUUUUUUUAAUUUUUUAA